AUGCGCAAUUCGACGCCAAAACUGCCUGGCAUUUUAACCGUGACUCUUCACGAAGCAGUUGGCCUCUCUAGAGGAGUUGAAUCCUCUGAGCCUGAUGUCUACAAAGUGUACCCCAGCGGCUCUAAACACAGGCAUAAUGAGUUCAAAGGGAAUAUAUUUCCCUGCACAGAAUGCAGAUUUCCCCAAACGCUUGUUGAAUAUGACAAAUGCCAGAUACCCAUUAACUGUUAUUGGGGAACCACAGAGAGCCCCUCGUGGAAAGGAGGCUAUGGCGAAUGCAAAUUCUAUGUUGCACGAACUGCCGAGCUAACCAUCUCCCUCUAUCACCCGACUGGUUCCAAAUUAAGCCAAGAUGUGUUUCUCGGAUCAGCGCGAGUACACCCCUUUAAUGCGCUAGAAGAAUCUAUGCCAAGGUGGCUACCGAUUGAAGAUGGCAUUGGCAUGAUCCGCAUCAGUUACGGCUAUACAUCCAUGGAAAAUAAGAAACUGAAGGAAGAAAAUUUUGACGGUCAGUUUUAUGGCGUAGAGAGGAAGCAAUCUGGAUGCAUCACUCAGAAUACAAAGGGCAAAUUUGAGGCAAUGUAUGCUGGGAAAUACUUUGAAACAGACAAGCUUUUUCCAUCUCAAGUAUCAAGAGGAUUGCCUAGCCGCAUCAACCAUCCUUUCAUAUACCCAACCACAUUUUAUUUCGAAGUAGAGGAGCGAUUACAACUCUACUCUCCACUCGCUAUAGGAGGACACCUUUUUAACCAUCUCUUGGAGCAGCAAUAUUUUGACGUCGACAGAUCUCGAUUUUACAUUGCCGAGAUUCUCUGCGCACUAGAAUAUUUGCAUGAUAAACAUCACAUCUUCGCCUGGUUGAAGCCUAGAAGCGUUCUACUGGACGGCAUGGGUCAUAUUGCGCUCUGUGGUUUCGGUCUUUUCAUCUCGGAAAUCAGCCAAGGGAGCCCUAGGAGACAACAUCGACUACCAGAAUACCCAGCACCCGAAUUAUUACUUGGUCAGAAUGAUAAUCGUAUGGCAGACUGGUGGACAUUGGGCAUUUUUCUAUACGAAAUGUUAACAGGGCUUCCUCUUUUCUAUGAUGAGGAUCCUGAAAAAAUUGCCGACAAGAUCCUCAAUCAGACCAUUGAAGUACCCGAGUCUUUACCACGAGCAACUCAGGAUAUCAUAACAGGAUUGCUUUGUCGCAAUCCUAAGCGACGGCUGGGAGCUAAUGGAGGCGUUUCCGAGAUUAAAGCUCACCCGUUCUUUGAGGGAAUCGAAUGGCACACCCUCAUCCAACGCAAAUAUCAACCCUCUUUUAAACCAAACUAUUACUCCUCUCACCUUGAGCACCAUGGAGUGGUUGAAUCACAUGAGCCACCACCCUCUCCGCCAUUUAUACCUUUCAGUCUUAAUCGGAUGUAUCCGGAGCACAGGAGCUAUACCCCUAGAAUCCGCCAAACACUCGUCCAGACAGAUAAUAAUUGGGACCUAAUAUGGGAAGAGUCUCAUCCCCAAGGAUUCCAUUUUUACAAUCGCGUUACAGGAGAGAAGCAGCCUAUCCUUCCUCAGGCUGUGGAGUCUAUCGCAUCUGAAGAUACCGUUCAAGCCGAUGAGGCUUAUAUCACUGUUCCUGACCAACGCCAGAAGCUCGCCACCCUCAAAACAGCAUUGCAGGCUGGAUACGACAAUGUUAUCUCACAGCUACUGGGAUACGGAGUAAACUUGAACGUUCGCAUGGAUGAGUGGCGUGAAACCCCUCUAUUAUGGGCUGCGCAGCAUGAAAAUCUUUCUCUAGUGAGGUUAUUCCUUGAAAACAGCGCUGAUGUGAAUUACGGGACUUAUAAUCUUGAGGAUCAUUAUGCAUUGAUAGCCGCCGUGAGAAGAGGCAACCAGCAGAUUGCAGAGGUCUUAUUGAAAAAGUCUCGUCGGGUUAUAUCCACGAUUGCUUUGAGCCUCGCUGUUGAUCAAAACGAUGGUCCUAUGGCCAAACUCUUGCUUGAAAAUGGCGUGAGGUGCGAAUUCGAAGAAACGGAUCGGAAUCCGCCGUAUGAACCAGGCCCCUUCGAUCUUACCACCUGCUGCCACUUUCCCGUUGGAGAAGAAGAGGAGUUUAUUCAUCCGCUGUUCCGUGCUGUUGUAUAUGGAAACGAAGACAUGGUUAGGCUUUUGCUCUCGUAUGGCGCCGAUGCCAACGUGGGUUACCAUGGCCUUGCUUGGUACAAAUUGAAGAUGGAUAGGGAGGAGAGAAUUCAGUUUGAGUGUGGCAGGGUGAUACAUGUUGCCAUGGAGCUGAGGCAACAUAAAAUCGUGGAAUUGUUGCUGGAGAAUGGCGCAGACAUUAAUCUCGGACGACCUAUCUGGGAUGUAAGGACUCAUAACUGUGACAUGGUUCCGAGAGAUGUGUUUCAAAGAGUCAGAGCUGGUUUGAAGGCAGCAGUGGCAGCAAGGGAAGAAAAGAAGACUGCAGUUACUGUAUAA